AUGCUGCCGUACGCGACGGCCGGCGAGGCGGAGGCGGCGCUCGGCCGCGCCCUGACGUGGGCGGAGGCCGCGUGGCUCCGCUACUCGGCGUCGGUGCCGGACCGCUACCUUCACUGGCCCAACAUCGCCAUCACAUUGGUCGUCUACACGCUGGCGCCGCUGCCCCUCGCCCUCUUCGACCUCGCCGCGCCGGCCGCCGCCGCACCGUACAAGCUGCAGCCCAAGGUGCAGCACCCGCCGGCCACCUUCUUCCGCUGCUACAUGGACGCCGUUCGGGUCUCGCUGCUCAUCAUCGGACCAUACCAACUCAUCUCGUAUCCUGCCGCCAAGAUAAUGGACAUACGGACGGGACUUCCAUUGCCGUCAAUGGGGGAGAUAGCGGCACAACUGACGGUAUACUUCUUGGUGGAAGACUAUCUGAACUACUGGCUCCAUCGGCUGUUGCACACAAAAUGGGGCUACGAAAAGAUCCACCAUGUUCACCAUGAGUUCACGGCACCUAUGGCGUAUGCCGCAUGGUAUGGACACUGGGCUGAGAUGCUCAUCCUUGCCGUGCCCUCCUUGGCUGGCCCUGCUCUCGUCCCAUGCCAUGUUACCACGCUGUGGAUUUGGUUUGCUGCACGUUUGGUUGAGAGCCUCAACAUACAUAGCGGAUUUAAGUUGCCAUUCAACGCUGAGAAGUAUAUACCGUUCUAUGGAGGGGCGGAGCACCAUGACUACCAUCACUACAUAGGAGGACAGAGCAAGAGCAACUUCGCUCCUGUUUUCACCUACUGUGAUUAUAUUUAUGGAACGGACAAGGGCUACAGAUAUCACAAGGCAACUCUGGCAAAGCUGAAGGAGUUGGCAGGCAGCGACGUUCAGAAAGGAGUCGACAAUGGAUUCAACAAUGGAAAGCAGGACUAG